AUGGUUCAGGUGUGGAACCCAAAUGGGAAAUACAGAGUUGUCAGCACAAAACCCAUGCCUGGAACUCGCUGGAUCAAUCUCUUAAUUGAACAAGACUGCAGAGUUGAAAUAUGUACUCGGAAGAAAACAAUUCUGUCUGUCGAGGAUAUCAUUGCUCUGAUUGGGGAUAAGUGUGAUGGAGUUAUUGGACAGUUGACUGAAGACUGGGGAGAGGCUUUGUUCUCAGCACUGAGCAGAGCAGGAGGCAAAGCUUUCAGUAACAUGGCUGUUGGCUAUAACAAUGUUGAUGUCAAUGCUGCUAACAAGUAUGGGGUUGCUGUUGGAAACACUCCUGGAGUACUUACAGAAACUACAGCAGAGCUGGCAGCUUCACUUUCUUUAUCAGCUGCUCGAAGAAUAGUUGAAGCAGAUGAAUUUAUGAGGGCUGGCUUAUAUGACGGAUGGCUUCCUAAUCUGUUUGUGGGAAACUUGCUCAAAGGGCAGACUGUUGGUGUGAUUGGAGCUGGUCGUAUAGGUUCUGCAUAUGCCAGAAUGAUGGUUGAAGGUUUCAAGAUGAACCUGAUUUACUAUGACCUGUACCAGGCUACACGGCUAGAAAAGUUUGUUACAGCUUAUGCUGAGUUCCUAAAAGCCAAUGGUGAACAGCCCGUGACUUGGAAAAGAGCAGCAAGCAUGGAUGAGGUGCUCCGAGAAGCAGAUGUCAUAAGCCUUCACCCAAUUCUGGAUAAAACCACUUAUCAUCUGGUCAACAAAGAAAGACUGGCAAUUAUGAAGAAGGAAGCAAUCCUUGUAAACUGUAGCAGAGGGCCUGUGAUUGAUGAAGUUGCUCUUGUAGAGCAUUUGAAACAAAAUCCUAUGUUUCGAGUUGGUCUGGAUGUGUUUGAGGAUGAGCCUUACAUGAAACCUGGGCUUGCUGACUUGAAGAAUGCUGUUGUGGUACCUCACAUUGCUUCUGCUUCCAAGUGGACUCGUGAAGGAAUGGCAACACUGGCUGCUCUCAAUGUCCUGGGAAAAAUUAAAGGAUAUCCAGUUUGGUCAGAUCCAAACCGGAUAGAACCAUUCCUCAACGAAAAUGUUCCACCUCCAGCUGCCAGUCCUAGCAUUGUUAAUUCGAAAGCCUUGGGUUUACCAGUUUCAAGGCUGUGA